AGUCCCCCUAUUUCAUCUUCUCCAUUUCCGGCCAUCUCCCUCCACGUGACGGCUGCCCUCGAUCCACGGAGCUCAGCAAGCAACCAUGGCAGCCUCGCCCAUGGCUGCCCUCGCCGGACUCGUCGUGGCCCUCGCCUUCGCGUCGGCCGCGGCGGCGGCCUUCAAGUUCAACGUGACAGAGAUCCUGGACGAGUUCCCGGAGUUCGCCGUGUUCAACGGCCUCCUCUCGCAGACGGGGCUCGCCGGCGAGAUCAACCGGCGGCAGGCUGUGACCGUCCUCGUCGUCGACGACUCCGCAGCCGCGGCCAUCACGUCGCUCCCGGACGACGCGCGGAGGAAGGUGCUGGCCGUGCAGGUGCUCCUCGACUACUACGACCCCGUGAAGCUGGACGGCAUCAGGGCGAAGACGGCGCUGCUCGCCACGAUGCUCCCCGCGGCCGGCCGCGCGGGGCUCGUCAACUACACCGAGAGCCCCGCCGACGAGCAGAUGGCGUUCGGCUCCGCGGAGCCCGGCGCGCCGGUCAGCUCGCAGCUGGUCAAGGUCGUCGCGUCGCGGCCGUACAACCUCUCCGUCAUGCAGCUCACCGCCCCCAUCGUGCCGCCUAGCAUAGCCUCCUCCUUCUCCUCCUCCGGCGGGGGCAGCGGCCGCACUCCGCCGUAUUCCCCGGCGGCGACUGCCGACGGCUCGUCGACGACGACAACCUCCGAAGUGACCGUUCCGGCGUCUGGGACGGACGCUGCUACGGUAAUGUCAGACUACGACGACGAUCCCAUCGCUCCUGCAGCAGCUGUAGUAGACACGCCGACGACGACGACAUCGCCGUCAAAUGAGAGAAACGGCACGGCCGACGCGGCGGCGGACGGAACAAGGACGUCGGCGGGAGGCAGGGUGGUGGCCGGCGCAAGUGUUGGGGCGAUCAUGGCUGGGCUUCUUGUGUUCAUUUGGAUUUAAUGUUAGAGGCUGUGACAUUUUUUUUCUUUCAAUGAUGAUUAAUUAACUGUGUUAGUGAGUAAUGACUAGUGAGAAUUGAAACAGAGUUUUUUUUUUGCACCUGCUCACGUAUUAUUAGCUGUUUGGUUUUAUUCGAUAAAAUAUAUAGUUAGCAUGUAAAUGUUUGUGUAUAACUGUAUAGACUGGAACCAUAACAUUAGUGCUUGUAUUUUUUUUUUCAAACGUUUUAAUAACUAUUUGGGGUUUGCAUGUAAAAUAUGGGUGCAAUAGCACCUAGAUGUAAAAUUUUGUUGUCCAGAACUGGACAUCUUGCGCCGUAAAAUUC